AUGAGCCAAAUUCCUGGAUCUGCGUCAUCAUCAUCGGAUCAAAACUUUGAACCUGAAAAUACUCACGACUACAAACAUAAAUGGUAUUGGGAUCAACGAUUUGAAAAAGAAGACCAUUACGAUUGGUUAGGAACAUUUCAACAAUGGAAACCCUAUUUAGAGCCUUAUCUCACUGCUCAUCAUUCAAAACAACAAGUCAAAAUAUUAAUUGUCGGAUGUGGUAAUAGUACAUUGAGUGAAGAUAUGUACAAGGAUGGAUAUCAUUCCAUUACUAAUAUGGAUUAUAGUCAUACUGUGAUUGAAAAGAUGAAAUUAAAACAUCCAAAUAUGGAAUGGAUUGAAAUGGAUAUGAUGGAUAUGAAAGGCUUUGCAGAUUGUACUUUUGAUAUUGUAUUAGAUAAAGGUACAAUGGAUGCAUUAGUAGUAGAUGCUGGAGAUCCAUGGGAUCCUGAACCACAUGUUCGAGAACAGACCAGGAAAAUGUGUUGUGAAGUAUAUCGAGUUUUAAAACCGAGUGGAAGAUUUUUACAAAUUAGUUUUUCUCAACCUCAUUUUCGCAAAAUUUUCCUCAAUCCAAAGAAAGAAGAUGGUGAAACUAAUUUAUUGGACUGGUCUUACAAGUCUAUUCAUGUGGAUGAAAUUGGUUUUGGAUAUCCUUUGUUUAUUCUUCAAAAACCUCCAUUCACUUCUCCUCCAUCCGAAUAA